UAACACUUGACGCUUGGGGACAGUAGCCGCGGUCACAGGCUCUCUCAGCUGCUUCAGACCCUCGCCACCUCAGCAGCAGCAGCACAAGCAGCAGUAGCGGUAGAGGACAGAAGACUGAAAGAUAGGCAGUCUCUUUCUCUCAGCUAGGCCAUAGUCAUUGUUGUAGUCUUGAUCGAUGAGUCUGUCCGGAAACAGCGGUUCUCCGCCAACUCUUUCUCAGGGUUCGGGAGCCGGAAGAUGGCAUUGUCCUCCGCCGGAGGGUCGUCAAUGCGCUCCAGCUUCGGGAGCAGAAUGGGCAUUGGGGUCGGAGGAGGAGGCGCUAGUCUCGGAUUCGGGAAGGGCUUUGGAGACGGUGGAGGAGGAGUGUUCAGGAUGUCAUCCUCCAGCCACAUGGCAGGUCUGGGGAGUGGGAUGAGCACCGGCGGCAGUGGGAUGUCCGGUGGCGGUGGAGGUGGUGGAGGAGGAGGUUUCGGGUACGGUGGAGGUGUUGAGGACACGUCCCUCGGGUUCGCCAGUAACGAGAAGCAGCACAUGCACAACCUGAACGACCGCCUGGCAACCUACAUGGAGAAGGUUCGCCAGCUGGAGGCCACCAACCACCAGCUGGAGGAGAAGCUGAAGACCUUCACCUUCAACAAGGUGGAGGCGCACGACCUGACCAUCUACGACGCAACACUCAAACCACUCAUGGAGCAGCUCAUGGGUUUCCUGAUACAGAACAAUCAGAUUGCUGUGGAGAUCGACAACGCCAAGCUGACUGCUGACGACUUCAGAGUCAAGUGGGAGAAUGAGCUGUCUUUGCGCCAGUGUGUGGAGGGGACAUCGGGGUCUGAGGAACCUGCAGCGGGAGUUUGAGAUGAACAUCACAGCCAUGAUGCAGGACCUGCAGGG